AUGAGCGCCGAAUUGGACAUCAGGCAGCUGCUCGCCGCCGCAGGUGUCUGCUCAACCUAUGCAAACAACGUGGCGCACAAUUGCCGAACCCAGAACAACGGCCCCGACAACAGCACCCACAACGAGGUCAAGAAUUGCACCCUCAACUUUAACGAGCCGGUCGUGGUAAUCUACGUCACCCCUCUCCCGUCCGAAAGCCCCGACUCCCGCGUACCCGCCGACGGGCAUCAACCGGCAACGGGACGACCCUUGGGUGCAGACGGUCCUACUAGCCGCCAAGGAGCCGCGAAUCAGAGACAGCAGGAGAAGACCAAGAAGAUGGUGUGGUGUCUGUUGUGCAAUCCAGACUUCCCGUUCGUGCGGCGCUGCGGACACUGA